CACAAUUGUCCCCGCAACCAGCUGCAUGCACCCGAGGAGAUAUUACAACCCUGAUUCAAGACAGCUCCUGCAUGUGCGCAUAGAGCCAAUGGCCUGCUGACUUCUUAUCAAGUGGCCGGUGGUGGGGGGAUUUUGGGUGAUCCUGACACGGCAAGAGCUGUUCAAAGGGAGAGGGGCAUCAGUGUCGUCAUGGCCAGGUCGAGCUUCUGCAAGUUAUGUUGACGAAGCUCCUGUUUAAGCAGUAUCCUCGGUAGCUCGUCUACAGGGAGCUUGACAGCUGCCAAUUGACCUCUUAAAGCUGGUCACCUCGCUCCAAUUCUCAAAAUAUACGGCAAGUUUCGUCCCAAGUUCUGAAUCAUGUUUCCCAAGACUUCUCUCUACGCUGCUCUCGUAGCUACCGUGGCAGCACACGGUGUCCACGACGACCAAUCGCCUAUUCUGGGUCCUCACCAAUCUCUGUGGUACAACACUCUACCGGGAGAUGGCGGCACGCAGGCUGAUUCAGUGUUCUCCGGAAUCUCAACUUUUGGACGUCUGCCAUACGUACAAUGCUUGUCGCAAAGGGACGUGAAGUACGACCUUGCCUUCAUUGGUGCUCCAUUCGACAUCGGUACGUCGUAUCGUCCCGGUGCUCGCUUCGGACCCUCGGGUAUCCGUCAAGGAUCGCGUCGCCUGAACCUCUACGGAGGCUACAAUGUACCCCUCAAGACCAACCCUUUCAACUCUUGGGCGACUGUGCUUGACUGCGGUGACAUCCCAGUCACAUCCUACGAUCACGCGUACGCCCUUCAACAGAUCGAACACGGUCACUACAACCUCCUCACUCGAUCGCCGGCCACAGACGCGAACAAGAAAGGACCUUCUCUGCAAGGAAAGACUCUGCCGCGCAUCAUAACUCUUGGAGGCGACCACACCAUCACCCUACCCUUGCUCCGUUCAAUCAACCGCGCCUACGGACCGGUUUCCGUGAUCCAUUUUGAUAGCCAUUUGGACACAUGGAAACCUAAGGUCUUUGGCGGAGCCCCCACUGAUAUUGCCUCUAUUAACCAUGGAACUUACUUCUACCACGCAGCGCAAGAAGGUCUCCUGCGCAACGACAGUAACAUCCACGCAGGCAUCCGCACGACGCUCAGUGGACCCAGUGACUACGAGAACGAUGGAUACUGUGGUUUUGAGAUCGUGGAGGCGUCGCAGGUGGACAAGAUCGGCACAGCUGGCAUCAUCAAGAAGAUCAGGGAGCGCGUGGGUACCGAGAAGCCCGUCUAUCUGUCUCUGGACAUUGAUACUCUGGACCCGGCAUUCGCACCGGCAACUGGGACACCCGAGACUGGGGGCUGGAGCACGCGCGAGCUACGUGAAAUUAUCCGAGGACUCAAGGGCCUCAACAUCAUCGCCGCAGACAUCGUCGAGGUAGCGCCAGCAUACGACACCAACGCUGAGCUCACCACAAUGGCUGCCGCUGAUGCUCUCUACGAGAUCAUGUCCCUCAUGAUUUUGAAGGGUCCUACCAGCAAGAUGGUGGAACCAAGCCAGGAGGAACUAUGAAGCUCGAGAAGAACACCAACUGACCUUGUACCAGACAUGCCCGAUCACAGGAUCGAAGGACAAGGGCCACAGGAGCAUUUCGAUGGGUGAACACCCUAUGCAUCGGAAAGUCAAGGGAUUUGACGCGAUCGAAGAACAGCAGUGGGAUCCUAGCUGUUAUCAGAG